CUCUCCCCUCACUGGUAAAUCUGCCCUGUCAUGUUAAGCUUCAGCAUAAGGGAAAUGAGACAACACUCUCACUUCCCAUUUGAUUUAGCUGAGAAACAUCGGGAGAGAAGGCGAGGGAGUCAAAUAUAAAGACUGGCUCACAGGUCAAAGAGGACACAGCAACUCUAAACUCGUUUGAGGAGGCAGCUUUUGUUUACCAGCUGUAUAACAAGACAUCAACAAGGAACUACCCCACAGACAUGGAGACAGUCAACUCAGCACGGAAAGAUGAUAUGCAGAACCCUGGCAGUGAUUUGUCAGAACAGAUAAAAGCAGCGACUAAAGAGAUCCAUGUCAGGGCAGAAAACACCCAACUGAUGCUGAGCUAUCAGAAGGGACAGAUAACUCUUCCGCAGUACAAGCUUCUUCUGUGUUCCCUCUACGAGAUCUACAAAGCACUGGAAGAGGAGAUGGACAGAAAUGCUUCCCACCCAGGUGUCGCACCGAUAUACUUCCCCCAGGAACUGGCCCGACUGGAGACACUAGAGAGAGAUCUGGAACACUUCUUUGGACAGGAGUGGCGAAAGAGAGUCAUCAUUCCUGCUGCAACACACAGAUAUACACAGAGACUUCGCAAGAUUGGUGAAGGCAAUCCUAAAUUGCUGGUGGCCCACGCCUACACCCGUUACCUAGGUGACCUGUCAGGAGGACAAAUUUUGGGGAAGAUUACCCAGAAAUCAAUUGGGUUAAGCAGCGGAGAGGGACUGUCGUUUUUCUCCUUCCCCGGAGUGUCAAGCCCUAACCGCUUCAAGCAGCUGUACAGGAGCAGAAUGAACAGCAUCGAGCUGACCAAGGAGGAGAGGGAGGGGGUGCUGGAGGAGGCUAUCAUGGCCUUCGAACUCAACAUCCAGGUCUUCAAUGAUCUACAGAAAAUGUUGAGUGUCACAGAGGAAGCCUAUGGGGACCAAGAAAAGGCCAAGACGUCAGCUAUCAUCCCCUCUUUGUCCAUCGUGCAGUUGUCACUGGGUAUUUGUGUUGCUUUAGCAACAGUCGGGAUGGGUAUCUAUGUAUUCUAAAGCCUUGAAUUAAGUCCUUAAAUAAUGUUUAUGUAGUUGACAGAAUCACUUCAGUAAUCAUGACCACCUAAGGGUGUGUGCACUUACAGCACUUUGUCAUGACUGUACUUUUUUAAAUGCUUAAGGCAAUCUUACAAUGAAAAUUGACAUGCUGUAUUAAUUGCAAUUCUGUGUACAUAGUAUGUUUCAUUAAAGAUUAUGCACACCAUUUCAACAUUAGAAAUGUCUAAAUAAAGAAGUUUGCUUUUUAUUUUCAA